CCAAAUUUCUCUCCAGCUCCAGAUAACGAUGCACCGUUGAGUGUCCCAUCAGGCAUUCCAGCCAUACCACCCCAUUCCAACUUAAUAGAUCCUGUUAGACCUUCUUCCCCUUCAAUGGUCAAAUCUGCCAGCACUCCUUCAACGACAGCCAGCUCUUAUAGACAGGAGCCUAAUAAACCACUAUGUGGGUACAUCAUGACUUCCAAAAUAUCAGAAGUGGGAAAGAAAGUCAAGAAAAAUUGGGGCCAAGCUUAUUUAGUAUUAAAACAAUCGAACUUAGUAUUUUAUAAAGAUGAAAAGGCGACCAAUCAGAAACAGUCUGGAUCCCCUCACGGUAAAACAGAGCUAGUCCUCAACCUACAGGGUGCCAAGAUAGACCUGAACCCCCGUGAUAUUACCAGCAAGAAAAACGUUAUUUUGCUGGCAACGUCGAAUGGUAGCAAGUAUUUACUACAAUCAGAUGAAGAAACUAUUUAUAGAUGGUUUACAGAGAUGAAACUUGUCUCUGGUGAUAUUGAAAAUGAAAAGAGACCCUCUAGUCGAGAAGAUAAAAAAAGCUCAGGAAUGACAAGAAGUAUGUCAGCAGAAGACGGAAGUAGUGGCAGAAAAUUAUGGGAUAUCAGAUCGAGGCUCUUGGGAUUAAUGAGGUCACGUCCGGCUCAAGAAGAUUUAGUGAAACGCGGUAUAAUUAAAGAUCUAGUAUUUGGGUCACGAUUAAAAGAUUUAUGUGAAAAGGAACACACUAAAAUACCUAACUUUGUACGAGCCUGUAUAACAGCUGUAGAAAAAAGAGGUGUAGAUCAUGAUGGUAUUUAUAGAGUUAGUGGAAAUUUAGCUGAAAUCCAAAAACUACGCUACGCUGUAGAUAAAGAGGAGGCGUAUAAUCUAGAUGAUAAAGUAUGGGAUAUGAACGUAUUAACAGGAGCAUUGAAGUUAUUUUUCCGUGAACUGAAGGAGCCAUUAAUACCACCAGAUUAUUUUGAAAGCUUUGCAGCAGCAGUUUGUAAAGAGUCAUAUAAAGAGAAAUUAAAAAAUAUAAAAGACAUUCUACCAGAUCUACCCAAGUGUAACUAUGAAACGAUGAAAUUUCUUUUUCAACAUUUAACAAUGGUAAUUAAAGAGUCGAAAAAGAAUCGAAUGCAAGCUCAUAAUCUUGCCAUAGUGUUCGGACCUACAUUGUCAUGGAAAGAUGAUGCAGACGCAUCCAAUAUGGCAGUUAUGACUGUGUAUCAAAGUCGUAUUGUGGAAUUCAUGCUAAUGGAAUUUGAAAAUUUAUUUAAAUGAUUUAAAGGACAUGUACAGAUUUAUUUUAUUCCAAUUUGUGAGAAUUUCAAUGCCAAUUAAAGGUAUAGAUUGGUUUAUAAAAAAAAUGCCAAAUUUUGUGUUUUGGGUCGUGUGUGAAAGUGACUUCUGCCCUAGUUCUGACUGCAGAAAGCAUUACAAAGCUAUUUUGUUUUAAUUAUUUAUGUGCCUUAUUCGCAAAUUCAGUGACACAGUGAUUGGUUCUGUUUGAAUGAUGGAUGUGAUAGUCUAGGAUAUGGAAAACUAAUGUUUUGGAUAUGGUUCCAUCAUCAGUACAGUUCAUUUAGGAAAAGAGGUACAGAUGGUUUAGCUGAAGCAGGAGUGAAAUAGCUCACUGAAAAAGGAAGCCAAUUUAACAUUAACCUAACAAAAAUAAUAAAAAAAAAUUAGCAUCUCAAGGAACCUGUAAACUAAUUCAUCCUUGGCCAAACCACUUGGUAAUGAUUUUAUAAGGAUAACAAC